AAGUACUUUCGGACGUGUAUAUUUUACAAUAGAUUAAAUUUUAAUUUAUAUUUCUUAGAGUCGAGUUUGUUGCGUGUUUUUUCAUAGCGAAGAGACCUUAAAUUCAAAUUAAAAUAAAAACUUGUUUUAACCGAACUUCACUCUUUUCCAAAUUUGUUCAAAUCUUACAUUUUAUUUGUAGCUGUGAUCAACAUGCCGAACAUCAAAUUGCAAUCGUCUGAUGGGGAGAUUUUCGAUACCGAUAUACAAAUAGCGAAGUGCUCCGGUACCAUUCGCACUAUGUUAGAAGACUGUGGUAUGGAGGAUGAUGAGAAUGCCAUUGUGCCAUUGCCGAAUGUCAAUUCGACCAUAUUGAGAAAGGUGUUAACUUGGGCCAAUUAUCACAAGGAUGAUCCACAGCCUACUGAGGACGAUGAGAGCAAGGAGAAGCGCACCGACGAUAUCACGUCCUGGGAUGCUGAUUUUCUCAAAGUGGACCAGGGCACACUUUUCGAACUGAUCUUAGCCGCCAACUAUUUGGAUAUCAAGGGCUUGUUGGAGCUAACCUGCAAGACUGUAGCCAAUAUGAUUAAGGGCAAAACACCCGAGGACAUUCGGAAGACGUUUAACAUUAAGAAAGAUUUUACUCCGGCCGAGGAGGAACAGGUGCGCAAGGAGAACGAAUGGUGUGAGGAAAAGUAAAUUAUGCACCCAGCUUUGUCGCGAAAUGGUAUAUGGCUUCGUAAUUAAUCAGAGAUCCACAACAAGAAUUUGCAAAUUAAAAGGAUGAAAUACGAUUCAUUCGCAAGCAACACGGAAAUUGCUUGAACAUUUGCGUAUUAAAUAACUUUUAUCUAGUUUAUGUAUAAGGUUGAAUACACACAUGAAUAUUUUUUCUUAAAAACCAAAUUUAAUUAUAUAUAACUUGAGCAGAAAAUUGCAA